CCUUAAGAGUACUGAACAGUGCUCGCAGUGUAUGUCGGAAUAUACCCAAAGAUAUGUGGCAGCACUGAUGGAGCACCGAGCACCAGACUUGUGCUGAAGAUCGUGAUUAAAGUAAUAGUGUUUCUUAAUAUAACGAAGUCUAGUUCCACUAAUUGUGAAGUGUGUAUUAAAAAAUAAUCAAAUAUGGGUCGAAGAUCGAUAAAUACCACGAAAAGUGGAAAAUACAUGAAUCCCACAGACCAAGCUCGUAAAGAAGCACGUAAGAAAGAACUAAAAAAAAACAAGAAGCAACGUCAACUGGUAAGAGCUGCUGUAUUGAAGGGCAAAGACCCAGCUCAAAUUAUUGAGGAGAUGGAAAAAAUAGAUCAGAUGGAAUACAAUGUUCUGCAGCCUCCACCUUUAAAUGAAAAAGUUCUCAAAGACAAACGAAAAAAGCUCAAAGAAACCCUAGACAGAGUCUUAAAAAUGUAUGCAAAGGAUGAUCAAGAAAAAUGGACUGAAUUAAAAGAACAAUUGAUUCAAUAUGAACGACGAAGAAUCGAUUUGGUCACCUAUUUUGAGGCUGUGAGGCAUGCACAGCAGGUCCAAGUUGAUGAAAUCCCACUUCCUUCAGCUGGUGGUGAUGUUACGCGGAUUUAUUCUGGAGCUUUGACAUCUCAGAUUCCAUUACCUGAGAUGCCACAACCAACUACACAUCUUUAUCCUGCCCAUUCUCAUUUUAUGCCCCAUCAUCAUCCUCUGAUAAAUAUUCCUAUACCACAAAGUAUAUUGAAAAAAACUAGUGCCUAUUCAUCAGCUAUGUCAGCCACUCCCUUACUACCACUCAACAAAGAACCUCCAGGAGUGCCACCGUUUCCUCCACCAGAUUUAUCUAGCGACGACGAAGAAUCGGCUGAAAAGAAUAAAGAUUCGACCCUCAAAUCAAGAACAAUUCGUUUUGCUGAUGACAAGGAGGAUAAAAAGAUGGAAUUAGAAACCAGAGAAAAAGUUAAAGAAAGAGAAAUUGAGAAAGAAAAGGAAAAGGAAACGUCACAGGUAAAGCCGACAACUCUGCAGCAGAAAAUGUUGGCAAUGGCUGGACAAGAUAUCGAUCAGUUUAUGCGGGAAAUGGAAGUUGUGCAUAAGAAAAGAGAAACAGAAAGAGCACAGGAUUUGAGUGCACGGUUAACAUUGCUGGAUGCCGAUACUAAUUCCAAAAACAAUUCCAAUGGAAAAUCUGACCAGGAUGAUAACAUCGAACCUCCCGGAUUAAUGGAUCAUCCGCCACCACACAAUCCACAUCAUCCUCAGCAUCCACAUCAACAUUCACUCCCACCCCUCGGCCUUCCACCACCGCCACUCCUUUAUCGUCCUCCACCACCGCCUAUGCACGCUCUUCGGAUGCCGCCACCACCUCCGCCACGUAUUGGACUUAGGCUACCACCAGGUCCACCACCUGGUAUGCCUCGAUUACUUCGACCAGGACCUCCUGGCAUGCCAAGAAUGCCUCCGCCACAAAUGCAAAUCGCAAAUAUGACUAGCUUGGCCAAUAUAGCGAAUUCCCAAAUUCAAACUCAAACAGCUCCAGGAUCUCAGCCUAAAACUCCAAACGUAUUAUCAGCUGCUCCACAACUGAUUAACAGAAAAGAUAAGGAUGGAAAAGGCUUGAGUACAAUUGAAGCUAAACCCCAAAUUAGAAAUCUAGCUGCAGAUAUCACCCGUUUUCUACCAACUUCGCUUAGAGUCAAACGAGAUGAUAAGAAGAAACCUAGUUCUUUACCCAAGAUGCCUGACAGACUUCCUGAGAACCAACCUCAAAGACUGUUGCAACCCAAAACAAAAGAUGACGCUUACAUGCAGUUUAUGCAAGAAAUGGAAGGAUUGCUUUGAAAAAUCAAUCUCUGUAUUUAUAUUAAUUAUGUCCAAGCAUGCACCAAGGUACACAGGCUGAUCCUAUACAAAAUUGUUCCACAUAUGAUUAUUCUGAACUAGAUCAUUCCACGCAAAACGACCUUGCACAUAUAUCUACGUAAUUUAUCAACUUAAACACGUAUAAUUGUGGAGGUACUUUCCUACAAUAUAAUCAUUGAUAUUAGUCACAAACUCAAGUGUUUUUCUGAAUAAAGAAUUCAAUUGUUACUUCCAAAAAUAAGAGAAUCAUGAAAAACUUUGAUUUGUAUUAAUAGGAUAGUUGGAUUUGAACAUAAAUUUUGUAGAAUCUCCAUGGAAAGGAAUCCACGUAUAAUUUUUGUAGUGCAGAUUCUUCGGACAAAAUUUCGUAAUUUUAUUUUAGUAAAAACAUAGUACUAUUUAACCCAAAAAGUGUGUUUUAUACUACAACUGUAGUGAUAAACAAGAUGAGAUGGAAUUGUGCAUGACCACAUACAUCUUAGUGCCCACGCAUAGCUGUGAAGUCGGACAUUCAAUUCAGCGCAGAGAACUUCUUAGAGAUUUCAGUGACUAUAUCCUUUAUGCAUAUAGAAUAAUUGCAUAUAAUUAUGUAGAAUGAUUUCGUGUAAGACAAUUUCGCGUACCAUAUUGUGAGG